AUGACUGAUAACUCGCUUGCUGAAGAAGGAUUUGAAGGAUCCCAAUUGUUUGACUUCAUGAGAAGUGUGGUGGAAGAUGACCCAGAACUUAAAAAGAAGUCUAUCCAGAAGGUGAAUGCGGUCACGGUAAUCACGUUGAAGAACGCCAAAGGCAACACCAAGUCGUGGUUGUUAGACUUCAAGAAAAGUGGAGAGGUAACCAAGUUGGAAGGGAAACCUCCAAAGGCAGAGCUCCAAUUGCAGAUGAGAGAUGUGGACUUCAUCAAAUUGAUCAACAAUGAAGCAAAUCCACAAAGAAUGUACAUGGCGGGCAAAUUGAAGAUUAAGGGUAAUAUUGUCAAGGCUGCAUCCAUUGAGCCAUUCUUAAGAUCGGUAGACCCAAGAGAGAAGGCUAAGUUGUAG